AUGAGACGACAGCCGGAGUUAAUCAUGACUUCGGUGACGAAAGCUCUUGCUCUGGCGUCUAGUACUACAACGCCGGAGAAUGCAUGGGUGCAAACUCCUGAUGUCAAGGAGGAAAAAGCCCCCGAGUACAGUGAAGUAUUGAUCGAAAAGAACACCCGCGUGGGCAGUUCCAACACUGUUGCUAAGCGUGCAAGGUACCGCACCAAAUAUGGGAGGAACUUCCUAGGUCUCGUGUUGUACUAUUACUCGGAGUGGCAAGAUCAGGCUACUACUUAUUCCACUUCUCGGGGUAGAUCACUCAUAGGAACAAUUAGCGGGAUAUUCGUGGUUGCUGACAAGUCACACACAGAAUAUCAACUUCGUCUGAAACUCCCAACCUGGCUAUUGGGUAAAGCAUGGGAAUUGCAUGUAUCCGCUGCAUGUUCGGGCUGGAAAAUCCAUCUGAAACAAUACGCUGUGGUACCCAAGUCAUCGCCUGUGUUUGAACGCGCAGUAUGUGGAAACAUCGACGGCCUUAAGAAACUCUUCUCUCAAGGGGUCGCUACGCCGUACACUAUGGAUGAAAAAGGUAACACAUUGAUUCAUCAUGCCGGACGAACAAGGCGGUUUUGA